CUCUCUCUCUCUAUUUCUUAUUCUCUUAUCUUGGCUUCGAGUUGUGCAAUGCACCUCACUCCUUGAUUUUGUAACACCAUAGCAGUCAAGCCAGCACUCUUCACGAUGGACUUCCCAAUAGAGGAGGCCGAAGCCUACUUCGACCACGACAACUUCAGCCAUACCAACUACAGCUACGAAGACUACCCCACGCUCUGCGAGAAGGCCGACGUGCGCUCCUUCGCCGCCGUCUUCCUCCCGGUCGUCUACACCGUCUGCCUGGUAGUGGGCGUGGCGGGCAACGCGGCGGUGGUGGCCGUCUACGCCUGCCGCAAGCACCUGAAGACCAUGACCGACGCCUUCCUCACGCACCUCGCCGUCGCCGACCUCCUUCUGCUCCUCAUGCUGCCCUUCUGGGCGGCCGACGCGGCCCGCGGCUGGGAGCUGGGCGAGGCCCUGUGCAAGGCCGUGUCCGCCUGCUAUACCGUCAACUUCACCUGCUGCAUGCUGCUGCUGGCCUGCAUCAGCCUGGACCGCUACCUGGCCUCGGUCAGGGCGCGGGGCGACGCCCGGGCUCUGCCGCGCCUUGAGCGGGUGUUCAGCCGCAAGCACUGCGGGAAGGUGUGUCUGGUCGCCUGGGUAACGGCGUUGGCCCUGGGCGUGCCGGAUCUGGCGUUCUCCACGGUGAGGCCGCUCGGCGACCGGAACGUUUGUCUAGCGGUCUUGCCGCCGUACCUAGGCAGGGAGGUCAAGGGAUGCCUGGAGAUGGCGGAGGUGCUGCUGGGGUUCGUGCUGCCGCUCUGCGUCAUGGCGUUUUCCUACUGGAAGGUGGCGCUGUUGCUGCGGGGACUUCCUGUCGAGAGUCGGGACAGGAAGUGGAAGGCGCUGCGGGUGCUGUUGACCGUGGUGGGCGUGUUUGUGUUCACACAGCUGCCGUACAAUGUGGUGAAGAUCUACAGGACGGUGGACUCCAUGUAUCACGUGGUGACCCACUGUGGGACCAGCAAGGCUCUGGACCAGGCGGCUCAGAUCACGGAGAGCCUGGCCCUGACCCACUGCUGCCUCAACCCCAUCCUCUACGCCUUCGUGGGCACCUCCUUCAGGCAGCACAUGAUGAAGAUGGGGAAAAGACUCGGAGAGAGAAGGAGGAGGAGACAGCAAACAACUGAGGAUCAAGGGAUGGACAUGUCCUUUCAUUCUCACAGCGCAUCGCAAGAGACAAACACGUUCUCUGUAUGAAGUGCUGGCACGAGGCUUUUACAUGAGUGUACUAUUUUUUGUUUUGUGCUUUGUAUUCAACAACAAUCCCCUACUGGGAAAAGAUUGGAUCUAGUCAGUUACAAACCGAAGCGCUUCUGUCUGAUGCAUCUGUCAAUCUGGUGUUGUAAUGCCAAAAUACUUGACAAUUCCGGACAUUUGUUUUAGCAAGUUAUUAACAACUUAUGGUUGUGUAAACAACAGUGCUGUUAGGUUUUCCUGUUUAAGGAAUCACAACAGGGAGGGCUGCAAUACUGGAGAGGUUUCAAACGAAAUGUAAAAACAAGUAAACACAUUUUGUCAACAUGCGGACGCCUGGAUGUGGUUUAACCCUGACAUCAAUUUGCAAAUAACACGAUAGAUUUAGCAAGAAGCAUUUGUGCAUCACUUUAGAAAUUCUCUGCAGGAAGUGUUACCUUUAUUUGUUUUGCUUUGUAUUAUAAAUAUAUAUCUGCAAGUAGGUCUUCAUUACAAAAGCCAACGUAAUCGCUAUGUCAUAGUGCAAGAGCUGAAGGAGCAGGCUAAUAUUGGCAGUAAGGACCCUUAAUAGGGCACUAUCAUACCAGCUGCCCUUGUCAUUUGCCUUUCCAAGUAAUUUAUAGGUUUAUACACUUAAAACUGUCAAUAUUAACUCAUUAUUAGCAACCUUGCUUCUUGUAAUUCUUAACCCUUUCAAAUGAAUACAUUUCAUGCGGCCACGUCAUCUCCAUCCAAGUCAAUACUGGUUUGGUAAGUUACUCACUCUGCAAUACCGCUCUGACUUGACCUUUUUAUCACAAUGAAAGGAGGAGAUUACAUUCUGAAACGGUCUACUGAACUUAGCUUGGAUUCUACCACAGGAAUCCCUGUCCCCUGGCCAAUAAAUCAAACUAUCCCCAGCCGGCCUGAAUCUGCUCUGAUGUGAAGCACUUAAUCAUGUAGCCUAACCAAUUAGAGAAUGGAGAAGUCUGCACUGGAUUCAACCUCAGACUUUUGUUUGACAGGGAUUUUACUCUGUUUCUCACAUUAGUUUGAGUUUCGUGCCAGUUUUAAACCAGAUUUUCCUGAAUCCCGAUCCUGUUAAUUGAGUUGACACUAUUGUAAGUUGAAAAGGAAUACACAUUCAUGUGACGGUGAAAAAUACUAAAAGUCCAACAGAAACAUGUUUAAUUGUAGGUUGGAUCCAAGGGGGCAUUUUUUAAGUCUCUUGCUCUGUGUAAACAGGUCAUGUUCUAGCAUGUGUCCUCACACAAGGAAACAUUUGAAAUCGUAUUUCAUUUGUCCAACUUCUGUAGCUCAGCCAUUUUAGCUCAAUGUACAUUGGCAUAGAAUGACCCCAGGGUACAUAUACAUAUUGAAAAAACAAAAACCAUGAACUGAACAUAGCAACGAGAUGACACAGAAAACCCUAAUCAUAUCAACCAAGGCACUUGCAUCUGGCCUAUGACAACAGACGCAAAAUUAAUAGAGACUAGGCAUAUUAUUUAUUUUAAAUUAGGCAGUCAUUUAGGCUUCGACGAACUACAACCAAAAUCAGUUUAGUCUUAAAUUAAUACGAACAAAUAUUGAACAUAUUCAAUACAAACUAUGAAUAGUUAAUACAAAAACUUGGAAGCCCUCAUUGGCAAGUUGCAUUACAAAGCAAAGCAGUAUAAUUAGAUCUGGCAUUCCAACAUUAUAUCAAGGAUAGAAACACAACCGAAACAUUGAUAAAUACAACAAAAUAACCUAUCCGAUCAGAACUAGUUCUGACGGAUAGGUUUGUCUAAAAGAAUGUCAUCAACGAUACCCUGUACUUUAGACCAUAACCCUGUAUAACAUAUUGUUAAAUAAAUACCAUUCAUUUCAAUACUGAACAGCCACAAGUGAGUCCCAUUACUUCUGUAAAAAGGUAUCAAGACAAUGAAAACACUGUCACAGGCCUGACACUGAAUCAUGCGCCGCAAGGCAAUGGAAUGAAAAAAUAUAUGUUACAAGUGCAGGGGUCGUGAUGGGCUUCCACUGGUUAACUAAGAGCCAACCUUAGUAGCUACUUCAAGGUUUCUGAUGUGCCCCUGUAAACCACAAGCUGGAUGCUAAUUUGGCAUCCUCACUUACCCUUUCAAGUUCCCCGUUUAGUAAAAAAAAAUAAGAAAGCAAAACAAAACAAACCGUAACAAGAUUGCUGCCGUCGUUGUGACUUCAGGCUCAACGUUGCCGCACGCCUCGUUCAUCUCUUCAUAUUUUGGCAGAGGGACUCAGGCCGUUUCAGUAAACAGAACCUCUUGUAGGUUCAUUUCUAUUUAAGGGUAAGUCUACUUAUAGGAUGGCUCAUCUUUAGUUUAGGGGAAGUGGCAGUGCAACAAUGGAGGAAAAAAAGUAACGAACAAAAAUCAAUGAGCCAUGGGUGGCUCAUGAAAAGAGAACAGUUUUGUACAGUGACUGUAGCUUGUAUAAACAGAGCGGACUGACACUGUCAGUAGUUAAGGAUCUGAACGUCAAAGAGGUCGCACACUCCUUCGUUGUCGUCCAAGUUGAAGUUGUAGUCCACUCCUGUGUGUGGAGGGGCACAGCAUUGAGAAACAAACCAUGGAGGGGACCCGAGGCAUGAUGUAACACCUGGAGCCUGACUGCAGGUGGGGUUCAUCAUGCAUUAGAUAACGGAACGGAAAACUGUUUGGCACUCACCAUCAGUGGACAUCAGCUCGUCAAUGAGGUCAGCCACACCUAGGGAAAACACACAGAGGAGGCUCAAGACAUCCAGAGAGUCAUGCUUUCCAUUUGAAAGUUGCCAAGCUGUGUGGGAUUUAUUAGCUGUUCUGCCUGGUGUAAACAGCUAGUCCUUGGGCGCGUCCAGUCCCCAUGGUAUGUUGAACUGAAUGCCAAUACAACGGCUCAAACCACUCCCCAUAGCAUAAAAUAAAUAUUCAUUGCAUAUUCCUUUGUGUGUCUUUAUAUAUAUAUAUAAAGAAAAACAUUUAGGUAAUUAGCUUUUCCUUUAGUUUAUGGUUUAAACUAAAAGAUGUAUGACAAGAUGAGGAAAGACAGCUGUUCCCCGCUGCACUAUGCAGCACUCUCCGGUGCUGGCUUUCCAUAUCCUCUGUACUGUAC